GCCUGGUCCCGCUCGACCCCCUCCUUCAGCCCGUCGUUUCUCUGCCGAAAUGGAGUCGGUUCCAAACCCAGACUCUGAGACAGCAGCGCCCUCGCCAGCGCCCAGACAGUACACCCCUCGAUUCACCCGCAAGGAGCGCUUUGAAUACCACGCCCGCAAGGCACCAGAGUGCCCGCUUCCGAUCCCUCCUCCUGUCGAUGCCGUCGAUCCCCGCUUCGAUCGCCACUACCGAAUUCCGAUCCUGUAUCAUGAGCCGGGACAGUACCUCAUCAUCAACAAGCCCUACAACGUCCGCAUCGAUGGCCCGCUGCACAAUUGUCCGACAAUCGAAUCCAUCCUGAUGGGUGCGUUUCCACAGUACAGCAAGAUCUUCCUGGCUCACCAGCUCGACUAUGUGACCUCGGGCAUCCACAUCUGGGCAUUGAGUAGCAAAGCGACCGGCGCAACUGGAAAGCUCUUCAUGCGACGGCUUGUCAAAAAGACCUAUGUCGCUCUCAUCCGGGGCCAUCUCACCACCGAUCCCUUUGUGAUCAACAAGCCCAUCGCGACAGUCAAGGGGAACGACAAGAUGAUGUGCAUUGGGACGGACGAUAAUCCUGGCCGGCCCUCGGAAACGCUGGUGACGCCCUUGCAAGUGGGGUAUUUUUUGCAUCGGGAGGUCACUCUGGUGCAGCUCGAGCCGCUAUCGGGACGCCGGCAUCAGCUCCGAGUGCACUUGGCCUCUAUCGGGCAUCCCAUCGUGGGUGAUUAUGCCUACGAACGGCCCGACCACACCAACGAGUCCUUUAGGACAAUGCUCCAUGCCUGGAAGAUCACGAUCCCGCUGGUCACCGGGACGAUCGAGCUCGAGACACACGAGCCGUUCUCGCAACUAAUCUCGGGCUUCCCGUCAGCACCAGGCAGUCAAGUCUUGCCCGAGCUCAAGGGGCCCUGGGACUUGACUCCGCGCGAAGUUGCUUGGAAGAGGCAUCGGCCGGGGCUGCUCACUACCGCCUGGACGGCCGCGGGACUGACCCUUGUUGCUGGACUGACACUGACAUGCACCUAUCUGAUCCGACGAAGCUUCAGGACAUGACAGCGGCCGGGUGCGCGGCUCCUUGGAGAGAAUGACCAUUGGGCCGCAGCGCAAUUCGGAGGUGGGAUGAAAGUCGCUAAGGAUACCGAGCGAAUGUACGGCUGGAAUCCAACAAAUAGGCUGUCACACUCGAUGGGCCGAUCAUCGUUCAUGGAUAUCGACCAGCGAGAGUCAAAGGCAGUGAGGACUCGACCCAAGACGACUGGCAGCAGCAAAGGGAGUGCGGUGUCUCAGGGGGAAUACUCAUAAAUGGACACUGCCACGAAUAACAGCUCCCUUCCUCGACCACGAUAUCUGUGUGUCUCAUUUACAUUCGGACUGAUUAUGGUCUCACAAGAUUACAUGUAUUUGAC